AUUUAAAUAAAAUAAAAAAAAUAUUUUAUUUAUAAAUUAUACUAAUUAAAGUUAUACGAUUGGAUUGUUUACAUUCUCUUCUGUCACAAUGUGCAUAUGUGUGUGUGAGUGUGUGUAAGCGUCUCUUACAGCGUAAUUUUGGAAAUUUGAAAUUUGUGAAAAAAAAGAAGAAAAAUUUACCUAAAAAAAACAAACUUGAGUUGAGAAGCGUCUACUGAGUCGUUUUAACCACACGAUUUGAUUUGCCCUCUUUCUUGGUUGCGGAGAAGACGUAAAUGAAGUUAAUUUUGCUAAAGGAUAUACUAUAUAGUCCACGCAACAUCAACAGAAGCCUACUAAUAUAAAGAAACAAUCAACUGCUGGACAAUCGCUGAACAUAUAUAAUGGAUUUGGUUUAAAAAUAAAUAAUUUUUAAAAAGCAUAAUAAACAGAACAAAAAAGAAAAAAAAAAAAAAAAAUUAACCCUUAAAUAAACCACUAACUGUGAUAAACAAUUAGCGCUAUAGAUAUAUGCAUAAAUGAAGACAUAUAUACGUAUAUACUUAUAUAUAUAUAUAUGUAUGUAUAUAUAUAUAUAUAUAUAAAUUAAAUGUAUGUAGAAAAACAAAUGAAAAGCAAACAAAGCUAUAAUGCAUCUAAAGAGUUUACGUAAAUUAGCAUUAUUUGCUAUCAUAAGCAUUGCGUUUACGCUUAAUUUCAUACACACGAACGUACAGACAGUAGCUGCCAAGGAAAGAAUAAAUUUGAAUCAUACGCCGAAAUAUAAUAGCAACGAUUUAUGGAGAGAGAAAAGAGAUCAACAACAAGAGUCAAAGUCAAUUUAUCGACACAAAGACGAACGUCAUAGAGCACAACUGCGACCACAGCAGCCACAGCAAACAGGUCAACAAACAUCCAAGCCAAGCUAUCAUCGAGAAAAGCAACAAAAGCAGCAACUGCUACAUGAUCAUCGGCAACGUUUACAUACAUUGGGAAAGCAGAAAAUUAACGUUGCAACGGAUACGACGACGACGACGACGAUGAAGACGACAACGAUGAAUGGUGGCGCUAACGUUGCUAGUCAAUCAUUUCGAAGAAUAUCGCGCGAUUCGAAUGCGUACAGUGUUCGGAAACCGAAUAUUAUUUUAAUUUUAACGGAUGACCAGGACGCCGAGUUGGGAUCUUUAAAUUUCAUGCCGCGUACAUUGCGCAUCCUAAGAGAUGGUGGUGCAGAAUUUCGUCACGCUUACACCACCACACCCAUGUGCUGUCCAGCGCGUUCAUCUUUAUUAACCGGCAUGUACGUACACAAUCACAUGGUAUUCACGAAUAACGACAACUGUUCGAGCCCUCAAUGGCAAGCCACGCACGAGACUAGAUCUUUUGCCACCUAUCUAUCAAAUGCCGGCUAUCGAACUGGUUACUUUGGCAAAUACCUGAAUAAAUAUAAUGGUUCCUAUAUACCGCCCGGUUGGCGUGAGUGGGGCGGUUUAAUCAUGAACUCCAAAUAUUACAAUUACAGCAUUAAUAUGAACGGUCAGAAAAUUAAGCACGGUUUCGAUUACAAUAAGGACUACUAUCCCGAUCUAAUAGCUAACGAUUCGAUAGCAUUUUUACGUUCUUCCAAACAACAAAACCAAAGAAAACCUGUGAUGCUGACAAUGAGUUUUCCUGCGCCUCAUGGUCCCGAGGACUCGGCCCCGCAAUAUAAUCAUUUAUUUUUUAAUGUAACCACUCAUCACACACCUUCUUAUAAUUUGGCUCCGAAUCCGGAUAAGCAAUGGAUUUUAAGAGUGACUCAACCGAUGGAACCCGUGCAUAAACGUUUCACCGACUUACUUAUGACAAAACGUUUGCAAACACUUCAAAGCGUAGACGUAGCCGUCGAAAGAGUUUAUAAUGAAUUGAAGACUCUCGGCGAAAUAGAUAAUACAUAUUUGAUAUACACAUCCGAUCACGGUUAUCAUUUGGGUCAAUUCGGCCUGAUAAAGGGUAAAAGUUUCCCUUUCGAAUUUGAUGUAAGAGUACCAUUUUUAAUGCGUGGUCCUGGUAUACAGCCUUCUAGAGUGGUAGAAGAAAUUGUUUUGAAUGUGGAUUUAGCUCCCACAUUUUUGGAUUUGGGUGGUGUGCCCGCUCCUGCGCAUAUGGAUGGUCGCAGUAUUCUACCGUUAUUAUUCAAUAAACAUAGAAACAUACGCGAUUCUUGGCCGGAUACAUUCUUAAUUGAAAGUUCCGGACGCCGUGAAACACCCGAACAAAUAGCCGAAUCGAGAGCCAGAUUACAAAUAGAAAAAUUUAAUAUGAAAUUGGCGAAUAGCACUUUCGUCGAGGAUCUAAUAAUGAUGAACGGGGCAACAGCAGCAUCCCCUACAGACAUUUAUUCAGAUGUUAUAGAUUUGGAAUCACGCGAAGAAGAGCAAUUCGCUGAAGUUGAAAAAGAUGCGGAUAUUGAAGACGACUUUGAUGAUGAUGAGAUCAAAGUCAAUCAAGAUGAUGAUUUAUAUACAUCGACUGAUGUUGUCGAUGAUCAUGAGACGGAGCCCACCGAUGAAGAGAUACACCAACAAGAUCAAUUCGAUAACAAUUUGCCACCCACGCGGUAUAUAACAAAAAUGAUGCGUUUAAAUUCCGAAUGCUCAGAUCCGACACUUCUUGAAAAUUGCCGUCCCGGGCAAAAAUGGAAAUGCAUUAAUGAAAACGGACGUUGGCGUAAACAUAAAUGUAAAUUUCAUUUGCAACUACAGCAUCAUUUGGAGGAAAUAACGAAACUGCCAAAUCCUCAGACAAAACGUAAUUGUGCCUGCUUCACACCGGACGGUGUUGUGUAUACAAAAAUAAGAUCUGAAAAUUAUGUAAGAGAUCAACAAAGAAUUAGAAAACGAACACAAAGUUUCACUAAGCGCGCUAGAAGACAGAAACGUGAUACGGAGGUAAGAGAAGAACUCUAUCAUACCGAGUUACCACAAGAAAUGGAAGAUCUAUUGGAUUUGAAUAAGAAUUUGGAUAUCAUUGAAAGACAUUUAAGUCUGGCUUCUGAAAGCCGGCAUCCAAGAAUAAAACGAGAAUUGACUUCACAAUUAUUUGAUAAUCCUACGCUAUUCGUUGGGGAUGAUAAUAAAAAGAAUUCUUCUUCAAAUGAAGCGAUAUCCAAAGUGAUACAAGAAAUCCAAGAUACUUUGGAAACAUUAGAAUUGAAAUUUGUCGAACAUGAUGAUGACAUGGCGAACAAUACGACAAAAAGUUUUACGAAAAUGACGACAGCCGGUUUUGUGAGAGGUGGUAAAUUUCCCAAAGUUGGUGGACGCGUGGGAACACGUUGUUUUAUUGAAUCUCAAACGGGCAAAGUGAACUGCUCAGAUGUAAUUUAUGAUGAUGAGAAAACCUGGCGAAAGUCGCGCAGUCAAAUCGAUAUGCUUAUCAAAGUCUUGAAGGAUAAAAUAACGCAUUUAAAGGAUAUUAAAAAGCAAUUAAGAGAAAGUAAACAACAACAAUUGCAAGAACGCUAUUGGAAUAAUGAAUUUAUUACUGCAUCGAGCGGUAGCAAUGGCGAUGCUUUUAAAUUUAAUUUAAAUAACGAUUAUAUAAAUCAUCGUCAAAAAGGUCGCAGAAGAGGCUACAAUUCCAAUUCGAACGGUUAUCAUCAAUCGCAUUAUCAUUCUCUGCACAAUCGUAGACAUCAUGUUUACGGUGGAAAUAAUGGAAAUGGAAAUGGCAAUGGAAAUGGACGUCGUUUCAUCAACUUCACUGAAUCAAAUCCUUAUUACAAUGCAAACGUUACGGAACUUACAAGCUUAACCCCGUCGAAAAGUGAAAUAACGAAACACGAAAAAUAUAUUCCAAGAAAUGAGUCUCAUGUGCCAAAUAAUCCAAUAGAAGAAGGGAGAAAUCUAUUAAGGCAGCAUUCAGAUGUAGAUAGUACGGGGAAAGAGUCUUUAAAUAAAUCCCUAAUAGAACACAAGCCUAGCAUUAAUUCCUCCUCAAACGAAGGUAUUCCAAUUAUGGGCGAAAAUAUUAUUAAAUAUGAAAAUAAUAGCAAUCGUGGGCAAAAGGAAGUGAUCAGAGAGACGUAUCAUAAUAAAAGGCCACUAGCGUAUGAUCCGUUCGAACAGCAGAAGCAACAAUUUUUGGGACCUGCUGAAUGUUAUUGCGAGCAUGAGCCAGAAACCGAUAUCGAUUCGAAAGAAAUUGCUCGUGAAACUCGUCGAAGGAUCAAAGAGGAACGUCAACGUCGAAAAGAACGGAAACGUAUUAAAAAAGCCCGUUUGGAAAAGGAAUGCCUAUCCGAGAAAAUGAAUUGUUUUUCCCAUGACAAUAGUCAUUGGCGCACUGCCCCUUUAUGGAAUGAUAAACCAUUUUGCUUUUGCAUGAAUGCGAACAAUAAUACUUACUCGUGUAUCAGAACUAUAAAUUCGACCCAUAAUUAUUUGUAUUGUGAGUUCACUACCGGAUUAAUAACGUAUUAUGACUUGCAAAUAGAUCCUUUUGAGACAACAAAUCGCGCUUCAUCUUUAACUGCACCGCAAAAGGCUUCAAUGCACGACGUUUUGGAAAAACUGAAAAACUGUAAAGGCAGCAAUUGCACGUUGCGGAAACAAGAACCACCUGCCAAAACUGCCAAUGCAUUAAACAAUAUUGCAAGAGAUAUUAAAUGGAAACCUCAUGAAUCGACAUCAUUAGGCAACACGAUGACGUCGCCAUCAAAUGUUAUUAUCACGAAUCAAAUGGAUAUUGAUGGGACAUUGGCGAAGAGAAGAAAAAUUUCAAAUCGUUGGUCUAAUACAAAUAGCAUAAGAAAGAAACCUUUGAAGCAUCAUCAUCAACAUCAUCAUUUCAAUCCACAUCAUCCGCACUAUAGCCGAACACAUCCGCAACAUAUAAGGCCGUCAGCAUUUAUUAAUCGGCAUCAGAAUGGCGUUAUGAUGAUGACGAAUCAACGUAACUACAAUUUACGUAGAAAUCGUUUUCAUUCGGCCGAAAUCAAUCAACGACUUCAACAUCACUUAACUUCUGCUAUUUUAACGUCUAAUAACCGCACAAAAGAAAACGAGAAUAAAUUUGCGAAUAAUAAAACUAAAAUCAUUAAACCAAUUAUUGAAAAUGGAACGGUAUCAUCGUCUACAUCGACAACAACAACAACGAAACCAGUAGCUAACGGAUCACUUAUUGAGCGAAAAAAGGAAGAGCAUAGCCGUCAGCAAAGCGAACUUUUUGAAUCCAUCAAGCCAAAUACAUAGUUAUUAUCGAAAGAGACUGAAAAUGACAAGUAAGAUAAACAAAAAAAAAAAAAAACAAAAAGAAGCAAAACCUAUAGAUGGAAACAAACGAGAACUGAUUAUAAAGGAAAAAUAGGGCGAAAUAUAAGAAAGAAAAUCCCGCUAAUAAGAGAAAAAGCAAAAAAGUGAUAAA